AUCAAAGAUCCCCUUAAUUUGCUGUAUAACGGUCAUCUAAUUUCCAACUUAUCAACUUCUCUUGUUAACAAUUUAGGUACUAGAAUAUCAAAGAUGUUCUACCAAAAAAAAAAAAGAAUAUCAAAGAUCUUCUUUCUAUUAUUGGCGUCAAUCAGAUUGAUUAAUAUCUGUCAAUAUCCUUCAAGGCGUCAAUCAAGUUCUAUUUUGUUUCCCUCUUUCCUCUCUCCUCUUGCCCUUGUCUCUUAUGCAAGCUCCAUUUGGGCAUCUUUCUUGAUUUUCAAGUCUCAGAUGGAGAAUCUUGGGUUGUUCAAAAUUCUUUUGCUAUUCUGUCUCUUUGUUUCUGGCCGCAUAGUCUCUGUUUCUUGUCUAAAUUCAGAUGGGUUAACUUUGCUCUCGCUUCGGAAUUAUUUGGACAAAGUACCACCAGAAUUAACUUCGACAUGGAAGACAAACGCAUCUGAAGCCACUCCAUGUAACUGGUUUGGUAUCAUCUGUGAUGAUUCUAAGAAGGUUACGUCUCUCAACUUCACCGGUUCAGGUGUUUCAGGCCGAUUGGGUCCUGAAAUAGGGCAGCUCAAAAGCUUAGAGAUUUUGGAUUUGAGUUCUAACAAUUUCUCUGGGAUUAUACCUUCCAGUUUAGGGAACUGUAGUUCACUGGUGUACAUUGAUUUGUCUGAAAACAGGUUCUCUGGUAAGAUCCCGGAUACUCUAGGUAGCUUGAAGAGCUUGGCCGAUUUGUAUCUUUACAGCAACUUUCUUAUAGGGGAGUUGCCUAGAUCCUUGUUUCGAAUUCCGGCAUUGAAUUAUCUGCAUGUGGAGCAUAACAACCUGACCGGGUUAAUUCCUCAAAAUGUUGGUGAGGCUAAGGAACUUCUUGAUCUGCGUUUGUUUGACAAUCAGUUUUCUGGUACAAUCCCUGAGUCUAUUGGAAACUGCAGCAAGCUGGAGAUUUUGUAUUUGCACAAGAACAAGUUAGUUGGUUCAUUGCCUGCAAGUCUCAAUCUUUUGGAGAAUCUCACUGACCUGUUUGUUGCAAAUAACAGCCUACGAGGAACAGUUCAGUUUGGUUCAACCAAAUGCAGGAAUCUGGUAACUUUAGAUUUGUCAUACAAUCAAUUCGAAGGCGGUGUCCCUCCUGAACUGGGAAAUUGCAGUAGCCUUGACGCUUUAGUCAUUGUGAAAAGUAAUUUGUCAGGUAAAAUCCCUUCAUCAUUGGGUAUGUUAAAGAAUCUCACAAUUCUUAACCUUUCCGAGAAUCGUCUUUCUGGGAGUAUCCCCGCGGAGCUCGGGAACUGCAGCAGCUUGAACUUGUUGAAGCUGAACGAUAACCAGCUUGAAGGCGGAAUACCGAGUGCAUUAGGUAAGCUAAGGAAGCUAGAAAGUCUGGAGCUUUUUGAAAACCGGUUUUCGGGUGAGAUUCCUAUUGAGAUAUGGAAGAUUCAGAGUCUUACGCAGUUGCUAGUUUAUCGGAACAAUCUCACAGGGAAAUUACCGAAGGAAAUAACCGAGCUCAAGAAUCUCAAGAUUGUUACUCUCUUUAACAAUAGCUUUUAUGGAGUGAUACCACCUGGUUUAGGUCUGAACAGCAACCUAGAGAUUAUUGAUUUGAUUGGUAACAAUCUUACAGGUGAGGUACCGCCAAAUCUCUGCCAUGGAAAGAUGUUGACAGUGUUUAACUUAGGAUCUAACCGGCUUCAUGGCAAAAUACCGACAUCUGUUAGUCAGUGCAAGACUCUAAGCAGAUUCAUUCUCAGAGAAAACAACCUUUCAGGUGUUCUUCCUGAGUUUUCUAAGAAUCAAGAUCUUUCGUUUCUCGAUCUCAAUAGCAACAACUUCGAAGGACCAAUCCCUCGUACCCUCGGAAGCUGUAGGAAUCUCACGACCAUCAAUCUGUCUAGGAACAAGCUCACGGGGAAUAUUCCUAGAGAACUUGAGAAUCUACAAAACCUUAGUCACCUGAAUCUUGGGUUUAACUUAUUAAACGGUACGGUUCCUUCAAAGUUUAGUAACUGGAAAGAGUUGACCACUUUGGUUCUCUCCGGAAACCGUUUUUCAGGAGUCGUUCCGCCGGAUCGCCACUCUUAGAAAGUAAGAAAACUACUGUUUAUCGGAAUUUUAUCAACAACUAGACAAUAAUCAGACUUUUCACAUUAUCCAAUGACAUCAUAUCAUCAAAAUUUUUUACUUUACAACAUACUCUCUCUUUUUUUCCUUUGCUUUAAUCGUUACAAAUCUUUUCACAAUUCCUAUGGCCGCUUAAAGUACAUUUUUAAUUGAUAACACAAAAGUUUCGGUU